GAGGUCCGCCGGCGGUCCGUCUGGGCCCCCGUCGCCAUGGGCAACGAAGCCAGCGCCGAUGCGGAGAGCCGGCCCACUGAAGCGGGGCCCUCAGCGUCCCCUUCUCCAGCCAAGCAGAGGGCAAAAAUGGACGAUAUCGUCGUGGUGGCCCAGGGGACGCAGUCUUCGCGGAACGUCAGCAACGAUCCCGACGUCAUCAAACUGCAGGAGAUUCCAACGUUUCAGCCCCUUUUGAAAGGGCUUCUGAGCGGCCAGACGUCCCCCACCAACACCAAACUGGAGAAGCUGGACUCACAGCAGGUGCUGCAGCUCUGCCUCCGCUACCAGAACCACCUCCAUCAGUGUGCCGAAGCGGUGGCCUUCGACCAGAACGCCCUAGUUAAAAGAAUCAAAGAGAUGGAUCUGUCGGUGGAGACGCUGUUCGGCUUCAUGCAGGAGCGGCAGAAACGCUACGCCAAGUACGCCGAGCAGAUCCAGAAGGUGAACGAGAUGUCCGCCACCCUCCGCCGCAUCCAGAUGGGCAUCGACCAGACCGGGCCCCUCGUAGACAGGCUCAACUGCCUGCUGCCCCAGAGCGAGAGGCUGGAGCCCUUCAGCCUUCACCCCGACCGCAAGCUCCAGUCCUAGCCGCCGCCCGGGGAAGCCGAGGCCCUGGGGGGGCCGGACCGAAGCCCGGGGGCAGCCGGGAAUCCGAGACUGUGGGAAGGGGAACCGGGGAGGCCCCGGCCCUCACCCUCGCUUGGCUGAGUUUAGAAGAAGCUGUCGAAUGAAUGGAACUUUCA